AUGUCACAGAACAACUUUCCAGCCUUGGGCAGCAACCCGGGGGAGUUGGAACGCCAAGUGAAAAGUGAGCCAGCAUGGAACGAGCAAAGUGCAAAAAUACCUCAGCAAGGCUAUGGUAUUGAGGCCCAAGCUCAGAUGCCGUUCCCAUCCCAAGUAGUGUCCUCAACACGUCCGAUGGAACUUCCGCCUUCUCAAUUACUUAGCGAAACCUUUCCCGCAGUUGAUCCGACUUUCUCCGGACUCGCAGGUAUUCCUGACAGCUUCCAACCGUCCGCGUUUGACCCCACUGUCUUUGUGCAGAAAGCCAAUGAGCUGAUCAACGCAUCCCUGGAACGAACUCCGGGAGGGACGUCGGUGGUUGAACCCGACUCUAUCCUCGAAGAAUCCGGACGCCUUUACCAUGGAUAUAAUCAGGGCAAAUAUUUUCUGCCUAAUGAUGCCGCAGAGCAGGAUCGACUGGACCUUCAGCAUCAAGUAUACCGGAUCUUGCUGGAUGGCUGGCUUCAUCUUGCUCCGAUGACAACUGUGCCAAAUUUUGUGCUUGACGUCGCUACUGGCACUGGAAUUUGGGCCCAUGAUUUCGACCCUAGAGUCCCGAACUGCGUGUUCCAAAAGGACGACGCGGAUGCAGAAUGGGUCUUCCCUGCGCCUCAUCCGCCCGGCACCCAAUGUGACUUUCCUUGUGAACAUCGCAUCAAGUUCGAUUUCGUUCACCUUCGAAUGGUUGUAACGUGUUUCGAUGACCCCCGUGCGGUUAUGCGGCAGGCAUAUAACAAUAUGGCUCCUGGCGGCUGGAUUGAGUAUCAGGAUUUCAGUUUUGACCUCCAGGCUAGAGGUCUCGAAGGAUCGCCGUGGCAGACAUAUUCCGAAGGUUGUAUUCGGGGGGCCAAAACAAUGGGUCGGGAUUUGUUGAUCCCAAAACAAUACAAGACGUAUCUGGAAGAGGUUGGCUUUGUGGAUGUUGAGAAGCGGCAUUUGGUCUUGCCUAACAACCCUUGGCCGAAGGAUCGCAGGCUUAGAAAGGCAGGCUUGUAUUCCUUACAGAAUACGUUGGAGGGAUUACGAGGCGUCGGUUACAAAAUGUUGCGUUUUGCUGGCUAUUCACCUGAGGAAACAGAGACUAUUAUUAGCGAAGCCGGAGACUUCAUUAGAGACUGCCGGAACCAACCCUGGGUACCAGUGCAUAUCGUCUACGGCCGAAAGCCAUUGGUUUGA